AUGGCCGAGGCUGCAGUGGAAAUUGUGACAGAAACCUUGAGUUCUUUGCUUCUUGAAGAAAUCAAGUUAUUGGGAAGAGUGAAACAAGAAGUUGAAAGCAUCAAAAGAGAAUUGGAGAGCAUCCGAUCUUUCCUCAAGGAUGCGGAUGCAAGGGCAGCAGUUGAAGAAGAAGGAGAAGGCAAUGAAGGUGUCUCAACAUGGGUUAAACAAGUGAGAGAAGAAGCUUAUCACAUUGAAGACGUCCUCGAUGAGUACAUGUUAAAUAAGGCAAAACAUCCGCAUGAUUUCGAUAGCGAUCUGAUGCGUUUGCUUUGUAAAAUGUGUUGCUUCAUAAAUGAACUGAUACUGUCCCAUGGAAUUUCAUCAAAGAUUGAAGAUAUCAAAUCAUCUCUAGCUGGUAUCCAAGAAAGAAGACACGCCUAUAACUUCAGUGAUCAAGGAUCAAGCAGUGGAACGAAAAAAGAUAUACCACAUGACUCUCGAGUUGGUUCCUUCUUCAUUGAAGAUGCUGAAGUUGUUGGCAUUGAAUCUACUAGAGAUGAAUUGAUUGGUUUGUUGGUGAAUGAAACACCUCAUCGCUCAGUGAUUGCUGUGGUGGGUGCAGGAGGACUAGGCAAGACCACUCUUGUCGGAAAAAUUUAUAACAACGAUGCUGUGCAGAAGCAUUUCAGCUGCCAAGCUUGGAUCACAGUUGGGAAAGAAUACGUGAAGGAAGAUCUCCUGAGGACAAUUAUACGGGAGGUUUACCGUCCAAUAGGAACCGCUCCAGUGGAAAUAGAGAAAAUGGAAGAGAGCCAUCUGAUCAAAACACUAAGUGACUACUUGAAGGACAAGUGUUACAUGCUUGUGUUCGAUGACAUAUGGAAAACCGAAUUUUGGGGAGAUGUAAAGCCUAGUCUUGGUAGUCUUGUUAACAACAAAACAAGCAGGAUAAUACUCACAACGCGGGAUCGGAGGGUUGCUGAUUCAGUUUCUUCUGUUAAAGUCCAUGAGCUUCAACCCUUGCCUUACGAAAAGGCAUGGGAGCUUUUUUGCAUUAAGACAUUUGGCCGCGGGGUGGGUUGUCCUCCAGAGUUGGAAAAAUUGUCCCAAGAUAUUCUUGCAAAAUGUGGAGGUUUACCACUAGCCAUUGUUGCGGUAGGUGGUCUUCUCUCAAACAAGAUCCAGGUUGUCUCUGAAUGGCAAAACUUACUUAAUGGACUCGGCUCAAAGUUAGGAAGCGAUCCCCAUCUAAAAGAUUGUAAUAGAGUUUUAUCUGAAGGUUAUUAUGAUCUACCUAGCCAUCUCAAAUCUUGUCUCUUGUACUUCGGUUUGUUUCCAGAAAGCUACAAAGUUAGUUGUGCAAGACUGAUUCGCCUAUGGUUAGCUGAGGGCUUUGUCUCAUACUCCAAAAUCCGCUUAUCUGAACAAGAUGCUGAACAAGUUGCUGAAGGAUUCUUGACUGAUCUCAUUAACAGAAGCGUGGUUCAAGUGGUAAAGACAGAUGUUGCUGGGAGACCUAGAAUAUGUCGAGUCCAUGGUCUGAUGCACGAGAUCAUCCUCAGAAAGACUAAAUAUUUGGGCUUCUCUCAUGUUGUGAACAGAGAAGUUUCGGGUAAGUCUAGUAAAAUACGGCGCAUUUCCAUACAAGGAGGUACUGAUGGUGUUCUUAAGAGCAGCGGUGACUCAAAGAUACGUUCUGUUUUUCUCUUCAACAUUAAUCAAAUUCCCAACUCUUUCAUGACUGCACUUAUUACCAAUUUUGAGCUUAUAAAAGUGCUAGAUUUUGAAGAUGGUCCUAUAGAGUACCUUCCUGACGGAGUGGGAAACCUCUUCCAUUUGCACUACUUAAGUGUGAAAAAUACGAAAGUAAAAGUACUUCCCAAGUCUAUUGGUAAGAAUCUCAACUUAGAGACAUUGAAUUUGAAGCAUUCUCUUAUUGCUGAGCUUCCGUUUGAGAUCAAGAAUCUGAAAAAAUUGCGGUAUCUGCUGGUAUACCAUGUUGAGAACAAUUUUAUUUGUGGAGUGAAAAUACCCAAGGGAUUAGGGUCUUUAAUGGAUCUUCAGAAACUAUUUUUUGUAGAAGCUAACUCUGAAGAACUUAAAGAGCUUACGAAGCUAAAGCAUUUGCGAAGGUUAGGCAUUAGACUGACAAAUACAAGUGGGAAGGAUCUGUGUGCUUGCUUUCCAAAUAUGGGAAAUCUUGAAUCUCUGGCUGUAUAUUCCACAAGUAGAGAAGAAACUCUUGAUAUAGAAUCCAUGGUUUGUCCUCUUCGGUCUCUUCAGCGCUUGCGCUUAAAAGGAAAUAUGAAGGUGCUGCCUGACUGGAUUUUUAAACUUGAAUCCAUUAUGAGAAUUGAUUUGGAUUUGUCAGGAUUAACUGAUGAUCCCAUGAGAGUCCUUCAGUCCCUGCCUAAUUUAAUGCACCUUACGCUCAUUGAGACAUACCAUGAUGAGCAGUUACAUUUCAAAGAAGGUUGGUUUCCAAAACUAGAAAAAUUGGAACUCGCUGACUUUAAAGGAGUGGAAUUGAUGAUGAUAGACAAAGGUCCCAUGCCUAACCUUAGAGAGUUAACUAUUGGACCAUGCCCACUAUUGAAAGAGAUUCCGAAUGGAAUUGAACAUUUAAGAAACCUUAAGUUUCUUGAGUUUCGACAUAUGUUGAAAGAGAUUUAUUAUAUGAUAAAAGAUAAAAAUUGGCAGAAAGUUACCCAACAUAUCCCGAAAGUCGGUGUCACUUUUUCGAAGGAAGGAAAAGAAUCUUAUGUCACUGCUAAGGAUCUGUCAUCCGUCUCUCCUGUGGAUUUUGAGCAGAAUUUUAAUGUUGCAAAGUGA